UUGUGCUGCUGGCAGAAUACUAGUGUGCUGGCCUACCUGUUCACACUCACUUCUGUAUCCCUUGUCCCCCUCUUUCUCUAUAGCCUAUUUGCAUGUGAGGCCAGCAACAAAUUAAUUUCCUCAUGAUUUGAGAAGAGAGAGACACCUGAAUCAUGACAAUGAGUUUCUUUGGAAAAUUAAAGAACCUACACAGUGGGCCUCCAACUCCACCCAAAAUGAUAGAGAACAAUGCGGGGUAUGGUGGGUGGCCAGAAGAUGAGUUUGAUGAAGAGGAUGGGGACACAUAUGAGGUGCCCCCCUGUGAGAGACCCGCCAUGAAGGUUCCUUCCAGACAUGUGGAGGAGAAUGUCUAUUUGGAGAGAACGUCAGAGCGGUCCAAUCCUGUUCUCCCCAAAAGGCAGGCAGCUGCACCCCCAAGGCCAGCCAAGAUGGCGCCCAUGGGCAAAGCAUUGAAACAGCAGCCUCAACCUGAGGAGUUCUACAUUGACCCCAACACCAAGAAACCGCCUGAGGUAGAUAGGAAGGAGAAGCCAGGGAAGAGGUCUACUCCUAAGAAGUUUGCCUCUCCCCCACCACCUGCAGAGGAAGUCAUUGGCAGCAGAGAACUGGAAGGCGAGGCGGCCAUACGAAGAAUUUGUUUUUGGGGUGACCAGAGAGAUAUACCUGCUGGAGCAUGUGCUAAAGAUGUCUACCUGGAUCCUAAUGAAGGACAGGAAGACAGUGAUGACCUGUAUCUAGAGCCCACAGCGGCUUGCCCCCCUGCUCCUCGUGGGCCCAUGAGGAUGCCCCUCCCACCCAAGACAGCAGCCGCCCCUCCCCCCAUACCCAUAAAACCUCCAGUGCCCAGAGCCAAGUCUAGUUCUCUAUUGGUCAAUGAGGCAAAGACAGCUCCUCCCCCUGAUAUCAGGCGCUCCAUGUUCCCUGGCAAACUGCCCCCACCCACCCUGGGCAUCAAACCCCCCUCCCUGCAUCACUAAAGGAACCCAAACCAAGCCCUCCUCCCCCUCCUAUUGUACACUCUACUGCAGCAGUUUCUCCCCCUGGUAUGAAGACGACCAUGCAGGAGAAAGAGUGGUUCGCUGGAAACUGCGAUAGAAAGACUGCCGAGGACUUCUUACUGCAGAUCAACAAGGACGGGGCAUUCCUGAUACGUCACAGUUCAGCCCAGAAUGCCCGUCAGCCCUACACACUGGCUGUCCUAUACAG